UCUAAAGCCAAGAAGAACAACGAGAUCGACAGCAGCAGCACUGACCAUACUUUGCUGGAAGUUGGUCGACUGCUACAGCUUGAUGCUUCCCAGUGUCCUCCGCUGUGCUCGGCCCGUAUCUUCCCAUCCUGCUUUAACCCGUCCCUUUGCCCACUUCAGACCACAUAUGGACCCAGACCCCAGCCGGCCCGUUCAAAGGGCUAUCACAACCAAACUGACCGACGCGCUGAAGCCAGACCACUUAGAAGUCCACAAUGAAAGUCACAUGCACGCUGUGCCCCCCGGUUCGGAAUCCCAUUUCCGUGUCCUUGUUGUCAGCUCCAAAUUUGAGGGCCUGCCACUGAUUCAGCGUCACCGUCUGGUUAAUGAAGCUUUGAAGGAGGAGUUAAGUAGCUGUGUUCAUGCACUGGCGAUCCAAGCAAAGACUCCUGAGCAGUGGCAAAGUAACCCUACCGUGGCUAAGAGUCCGCCCUGCAUGGGAGGUUCGAAAGGUGAUCACACAGUGGAGGAGAAGUUAAAGGCUGGGCGAGAAUGAAGUGUUGGACUGUGAAGUAGUUUCACUCAUGCUGAGGGACUGAAAUGUGAAGACUACAGGAAAAUACUUGACAAGUAUAAAGAGCAGCAUUUCCUCUUUUAUUUGGAGAUCAUUUUGUUGUGGUCUCAUAUCUAAAUCUUUUCUUUAAUUCAUUAAUAAUACAAAAUUUGGUUUGAAUGGUUCUGUUGUUAUAAAACUGCACACAGAUGGUCACAGGUGUUUUUAUCAUCCAGGUGCUUCAUGAAUACAAUACAGGGAUGCACUCUUCUUCUGUAAGCUACUGUAUGGUUUUAUUUUUGUUUGAUUUGUGCUCAUAGCGUUUAGUGAUUUUUAGAGUCAGUAGAAAUCUAAAUUUCAGGAAAGCCCCUGUUUGCCUAUAUACUUGCAUUUACUUAGUCACCUCUUAGAAUAAAGCAAUGCUUGCAUUUCUGUGCGUGACAAUAAAAAGUGAUAUUACAGUACCAUUUGUGAGACUUGAUAAUUAAAAGUUUGAAUGAAGUUAUGCGAGUAGGUAGAAUAUUUAUUAACAUUUUAGUAUUGUACUGCAUGUGAAAUUACCCCUGAGUGUUGGGGAUAAUACUUGAGUGCAGUUUAGUGUUUCUUACUACUAAGUUUGAAGAAACAGGUCCUCUGUGUUUGCUCAACCAUUAAGUUACAGUUUUCCAGAGUAGUAUACUACAAAGUGGGCACAAAAAGGCAUAUUUUCUUUGUAUUGGAAGGCUCAACAUCUGAAACCCCAGUAAGAGAUGGGGUAAAGUCAGGGUUGUCUGUGCACCUUCAAGCAAACUGUAGCCAUAUCAGGUGCUUCUCAGGUCAAGCAGUUCUGGCAGGAUGAACUGUGAAGUGUUUGGGGCUAUACUCCCUGCUCAGAUUCAGCAAAAUGCUGCAAAACCAGUUGGAUAGAGCUUCACUGUGCAACUGUAUAAUGAAGCAAACUGCAAAAGCAAACCAAGAAUUACUUAAGGCAAAUAUGGGAUCUCUGCCCAUCAGAACAUGUUUUCAGUUAUUAAAUGCAAAACUGAAUGCAGAAAGGUUGUUCGUCCAAGUAUUAAACGCAACCAAGUGUUUCAAACAUAUGUACAUUUUAGCCUCUGAAAAUUGGGGCCUGUGUGUAAAACUGUCUGCAAUUCUAAAAUAGUUGGUUCAAUACUUUUGUUAAAGCUCUUUAAUUAAACCUGAAAGUCUGCAGUUCAGUUACAGAAGAGAAGAAGUUAUUGUCUAAAUACUGUGGACAUAAAACUAACUCAUGAGAUGCUGCUGGUGUUUAGGGAGAUGAUGGCAGUGUUGCCGUUUCAACACUAGAGGGCAGUAUGUGUGAACAAAUCUGAUCAUUUGAGUGGCUAAAUAAAAACAAAACAAAACGCUGA